CAGUGGGUUUGGGUUUUGUCUGCGUCCGCGAGCCGGCGUUGCUUCCUGUAAAUGUGAACCACCCACACCUGGCUGGUGGUUGGGGUCUGGGGCGGACCCCGGGACUCCCUCCGGCCUGGGGCCGGGCGGCUCCUCCCUACUGGGCGGCCGAGAGAGGCGGGGCGGGCACCGAGUCCUAGCGCAGCCCGGCCCAGCCCAGUCCUCGCAGCCUCCCAGACCCAGGCGGAUCGACGGUCCCCCACCGCGCAGGUCCCAGCAGCUGGGCUUUCCUCUCAGCCCUUGAGUGGCUAUGUCCAAUCCCACUGCCCCACCUCCCUAUGAGGACCGAAACCCCCUGUACCCUGGCCCUCCACCUCCUGGGGGCUACGGGCAGCCAUCUGUCCUGCCAGGUGGAUACCCGGCCUACCCUGCCUACCCCCAACCUGGUUACGGUCACCCUGCUGGCUACCCACAGCCGAUACCGCCCAUCCAUCCAAUGCCCAUGAGCUACGGCCAUGACUAUGGCGGGGAGGAGAGAGCGGCGAGUGACAACUUUGGUCCUGGAGAAUGGGAUGACCGGAAAGUCCGCCAUACCUUCAUCCGAAAGGUCUAUUCCAUCAUUUCCGUCCAGCUGUUCAUCACUGUGGCCAUCAUUGCGAUCUUCACCUUUGUGGAACCGGUUGGUGAGUUCGUGAGGAAGAAUGUGGCUGUGUACUACGUAUCCUACGCUGUCUUCCUCGUCACCUACCUGACCCUUGCCUGCUGCCAGGGACCCAGACGCCGGUUCCCAUGGAACAUCAUCCUGCUGACUCUCUUUACUUUGGCUCUGGGCUUUAUGACAGGCACCAUCUCCAGUAUGUACCAAACCAAAGCCGUCAUCAUAGCAAUGAUCAUCACUGCUGUCGUAUCCGUUUCUGUCACCAUCUUCUGCUUUCAGACUAAGGUGGACUUCACCUCGUGCACGGGCCUCUUCUGUGUCCUGGGGAUCGUGAUGAUGGUGACUGGGAUCGUCACUAGCAUUGUGCUGGCAUUCCGAUACAUUUACUGGCUCCACAUGGUCUACGCUGCUCUGGGGGCCAUCUGCUUCACCCUGUUCCUGGCUUAUGACACACAACUGGUCCUGGGGAACAGGAAGCACACCAUCAGCCCGGAGGACUACAUCACGGGGGCCCUGCAGAUCUACACCGACAUAGUCUACAUCUUCACCUUUGUGCUACAGCUGGUGGGGAGUCGAGACUGAGAGCCGUCCCCUCCACGGGCCUGGGGCUCACCCUUUUCUGUCGGGCUGGGCCCCAGGUCCCUUCUCCCCUCAAGUAAUCCGCCCGGUUUCCUCCUCUCCGUCCUGGGGAUGGGAGGGCCUCUGGCUGUAUUAGGCGAGAACCAAGGGUGCUGGAGUUACCGGCAACUCUGGCCCUUGGUGGGCUUGGGAAGGACUAGACUGAAGAUGUAUCUCCUCCUCGUUACCCACGGUGAGCAGCGCGCACCAAACGUUAGUGUGUGGUGGGGGGAGUGGGGGGGCCUGUGAACACAGGGGCUUCAAGGUGAAGAGGCUCCCGUCCCACCUCGGCCACAGGGCUCUAGGCCAGGGAGCUGGAGCUGUUUCCUCCUGGAGCCAAUCAAGCCAGAUGCUUUGCCCCCAGCUCCAGGACUCAGAGGCCACUUACCCUGUCUGAACUCUUUAGGCUUAGCAUCUCGGAGAGAUCUGUGCCCGGGGUCUCCCUGUUACAACCCCAUCCUCCAGUAACAUGUAUAGAUUAUUUAUCGGGGUUAGGGGGAGACAGUGAGCAAAGUUCAUUCAGUAUGGGGGGCUAAGAAUGGGAUCCACCCUGGCUGGCACCCAUUUUGCCUACCAUCCAGGCCCAGAGUGCCCAGGGCCUUCUAAAGAGGGCCCUCCUACUUUUUCUGCUUAGGCACUCAGAGAAGGUGAGAGGCGGAGGUCGGCAGGGGAGGUGGUUUGUGGGAUCCCGAGUGUGGCUGGGAAGGAGUCUCGGGGAAGAGAUGGGGACAGGGCAGGCGCCUUGGGUUCCCCCUCUGGUCUGAGAAACACUGAAGCCCACUCUGGUACCUGGAGACCUUCCCUUCUAACAAGUUGAGUCCAUUCUGAACUCCUUCUGGGAGAUUUUAGACUAGGGCUCCCUCUCUGCACCAGCUACCGCUUUCUGUAUAAUCCCAGCACCUCCAGCUGGUACCAGGGUGGAGACAGAAGCCAGCUGAGCAGGUGGGGUGGGAAACCUUAUUAGCCCAAGGACAUAAUUAGAGCUGUUCUGUCCAGUACUUGAUUCUGAAUAGAUCACAAAGGGACACAACUAGAAAUGUAAUAAAGUUUUAUGUUUGGCAUUGCGA